AAGAAGAAGAAGACGAAGCUCCACGGAACGGACGGAACUCGGCUGUCAAAUGUUUCUUUAACUGGCUCUGUGAUGAAAUGUUGACAACUGAAGACAAUAUUUGCCGCCUUGGUCUUCUAACAUGGAAAUACUCGUUCUGCAACUUGGUUAACCCACCAACAGACAGAAGGAAACAUUUAAGGGGACCGAUUCAUCAAAUAAGUUCAUGGACAUCAUUUUGCUCAGUUGUGUCUUUUUCCUAUGGGUUGGGCAUGGGUUGAGCGUGGCGCAGCCAGAGAAAGGUAGCGAUGGCUGUGGCUUCUUUUUAACGCCACAGUGGCUGGAUUCCGUGAAAGUGGCCGUGAACCUGACAAAAAGUGGUUUUCAUAGAGAUCUUAUAUACACUGUCCAGUUUGGUUCUCCUUUACCAGAGGAUCUCAAGGCUCUUCUGGUUCAGAAUAUAUCCAGUGGGGUGUACAUGGAUUUUUACCAGUUGCAAACCUUGAGGAAAGAUGCAGGCUUGCAUGUGCUACUUGACUCAGAGGUGGAUCUAGAGGCACCAGCCUAUGAGUCGUCUGGUUUUACUGCCUUCAUCUAUCCUCAGCUAGAUCCUACAACUCCAGGGCAUCUCACUGCAACAGUGCCUAUUCAUGGGCGUUAUCACAGGCCUUCUGGCCCAGGAACACGUGUGAAGGUGGAGAUAAAGAAUACCAAACUGCUUCUUAAGUCAGACACCUGUGAGCAUGGUACACUACCCUUUUCCAAUCUCCCUCACAAGAUAGUGUAUGGUCCUUGUUCAGUACACAAUAUAAGCAUUUGUUCAUGGAUCGAGAUUGAAAAUUUGAAGGUGCCACACUCAUUGUUUAUGGACUUACCUGUUGGUGACAAGUCUCUGCUAUUCCUUGUUUGUGGUGGAACUCUGUGUGUUGCAAUUCUGUGUAACCUUAUUCUCACAGCAACCAUCUGGAAACAUGGCAUAUUCAAGUUUUCUCUGACCUCUCUCUGGUCAUGUCCAUAAACUGUUUACAAAGUGAUGAAUUUUAUGUUAUUUUGGAAUAAAUGUGGAAUGAAUUAACAUUGUUUCAGUAAAGACACUAUCAAGGGA